GGGCGCUUUCUCCAUCGUUCGGAGAUGCGUGAAGGUGUUGGCAGGACAAGAGUAUGCGGCCAAGAUCAUCAACACCAAAAAGCUGUCUGCUCGAGAUCACCAGAAGCUGGAACGGGAAGCCCGGAUCUGUCGCCUCCUGAAGCACCCCAACAUUGUGAGGCUCCACGACAGCAUCUCCGAAGAGGGCCACCACUACCUGAUAUUUGACCUGGUCACCGGUGGGGAGCUGUUUGAGGACAUUGUGGCCAGGGAGUACUACAGCGAAGCGGAUGCCAGCCACUGCAUCCAGCAGAUCCUGGAGGCCGUCCUGCACUGCCAUCAGAUGGGGGUGGUCCACCGGGAUCUGAAGCCUGAGAACCUGCUGCUGGCAUCCAAGCUGAAGGGUGCUGCUGUCAAACUGGCUGACUUCGGCCUUGCCAUCGAGGUAGAGGGGGACCAGCAAGCGUGGUUUGGUUUCGCUGGCACCCCGGGAUACCUCUCCCCUGAGGUGCUCCGGAAGGACCCCUAUGGCAAAGCCGUGGACCUGUGGGCUUGUGGCGUCAUCCUCUACAUCCUGCUGGUUGGGUACCCACCCUUUUGGGAUGAAGACCAGCACCGACUCUACCAGCAGAUCAAGGCUGGGGCUUAUGAUUUCCCCUCCCCUGAGUGGGACACGGUCACUCCUGAAGCAAAAGAUCUCAUCAACAAGAUGUUGACCAUAAAUCCAUCCAAGCGCAUCACGGCAGCGGAGGCUCUGAAGCACCCCUGGAUAUCGCACCGUGCCACCGUGGCAUCAUGUAUGCACAGGCAGGAGACGGUAGACUGUCUGAAGAAGUUCAAUGCCCGGAGGAAGCUGAAGGGAGCCAUCCUCACCACCAUGCUGGCCACCAGGAACUUCUCCG